CCCUGUAUUUUAUAAACCGAUAAAAAUAAAUUAUUGGAGAUAAAGAUCAUUCGCACUUCCCGGUUUUUCAGGAUCCCCUGAUUACCGAUCGCGGCGCAUGCUCAAUCCUGGUGUAGUCUUGUAAAUUAAAAAUCGAUCUAUGCCGCAGCCGCAGCCGCUUUCAUUCCUGUCAGACCCAGUUAGGGUGGUAAAUAAGACCGAUUUGUUUCAAAGAUUCGCCAAAAUGGGGUCGUUGUUUCGAAGUGCCGAAAUGACGCUUUGUCAACUUUUCUUGCAAAGUGAAGCUGCCUAUGCAUGUGUGUCAGAACUUGGUGAACUGGGUCUUGUCCAGUUUCGAGAUUUAAACCCUGACGUAAAUGUUUUCCAAAGAAAAUUUGUCAAUGAAGUCCGGAGAUGUGACGAAAUGGAAAGAAAACUUCGGUACUUGGAGAAGGAAAUUAAGAAAGAUGGAAUUCCGAUGCUGGACACUGGUGAAAAUCCAGAAGCACCGCAGCCUAGAGAAAUGAUCGAUCUGGAAGCCACUUUUGAGAAACUGGAAAAUGAGCUACGUGAAGUGAAUCAGAAUGCAGAAGCAUUGAAAAGGAACUUCCUGGAGCUGACGGAACUGAAACAAAUCUUGCGUAAGACACAAGUCUUUUUUGACGAGCACGAGGGGGGCACUAACCCCACUGAAUCUAUGACCAGAGCCCUCAUAAGUGAAGACUCUAUUGCCAGACAGAGCGGCUCCGUUCAGCUAGGUUUUCCGGAGAAGAAUUAUGAUCCAGAGGAUUACUACCCAUGCUUCGUCGCUGGAGUCAUUCUUCGCGAGAGGAUCCCUGCCUUCGAGCGUAUGCUUUGGAGAGCUUGUCGCGGAAAUGUGUUCCUUCGUCAGGCCGAAAUUGAGACACCUCUGGAAGACCCGUCUACGGGUGAUCAAGUCUACAAGUCAGUGUUCAUCAUCUUCUUUCAAGGUGAUCAGCUGAAAACCCGAGUAAAGAAAAUCUGUGAAGGAUUCAGGGCGACUUUGUAUCCGUGCCCAGAGGCGCCGGCUGACCGUAGGGAAAUGGCCAUGGGAGUCAUGACCCGCAUUGAAGAUUUAAAUACGGUUUUGGGACAAACCCAAGAUCACAGACAUAGAGUUCUCGUGGCGGCAGCGAAGAAUAUCAAGAAUUGGUUCGUCAAAGUCAGAAAAAUCAAAGCGAUCUACCAUACUUUAAAUUUAUUCAAUUUGGACGUGACGCAGAAAUGUUUGAUAGCCGAGUGUUGGGUGCCGGUGUUAGAUUUGGAAAAUAUUCAGUUGGCUCUUAGGAGGGGAACGGAACGCAGUGGAAGCUCUGUACCGCCGAUUUUAAAUAGGAUGGAUACGUCCGAAGAUCCGCCAACUUAUAAUCACACGAACAAAUUCACGACCGCUUUUCAAGCUUUAUACGACUCGUACGGUAUAGCGUCGUAUAGGGAAAUGAACCCUACUCCUUACACAAUUAUCACUUUCCCGUUCUUGUUUGCUGUCAUGUUUGGCGAUUUCGGGCACGGUCUCAUCAUGGCCAUCUUCGGUGCCUGGAUGGUUCUAAAAGAGAAGCCGUUAGCCGCCAAAAAAUCUGAUAACGAGAUCUGGAACAUAUUCUUUGGUGGCCGAUACAUAAUUUUACUGAUGGGCAUAUUCUCUAUGUACACCGGUCUGAUAUAUAACGACGUUUUUUCCAAGUCCCUGAAUAUUUUCGGAUCCAGUUGGAAAGUAUCAAAUUUAAAUACUUCUUAUGUCGAGGGUCUUGGUCAAUCAGAACAUAUGUUAAAUCCAGCGACAGACGAUUAUUCAGAAUCCCCAUAUGUGUUUGGUUUAGAUCCUGUAUGGCAACUAGCAAAAAAUAAAAUUAUCUUUCUCAAUUCUUUUAAAAUGAAGCUCUCGAUUAUUAUUGGUAUCCUUCACAUGUUGUUUGGAGUUGCCAUUAGCUACAUUAAGAAUAUGCAUUUCAAUAACCGUCUAAAUAUUAUUUGCGAAUUUAUUCCCCAAGUUAUUUUCUUAUGUUUUUUGUUCCUCUACAUGGUCCUGAUGAUGUUUAUUAAAUGGUUUAUGUACUAUGCAAAUAGGAUCGAUACAGAUGAAGAAUUUAUUUAUGGAACCAGGUGCGCCCCAUCAAUCCUUUUGCUGUUUAUUGGAAUGAUUUUAAAUAAGGAUCCUGUGUAUGAAGACAGAUGUCAGACAGGUUAUUUGUAUGCCGGACAAGGAAUAAUCCAAAAGUUGUUACUUAUUUGCGCUUUACUUUGUGUUCCAUGGAUGUUACUUGCUAAACCGCUAAUGAUCAGGAGGGCGAGAAAACAAGCUGAACUUCGAAAUGUAAAUCAUAACCAACUACACUCCGCUACUGAAAACGGUGACGCGGAACAGCCAAUACAUAACAAUACGUCACAGACGGCAGUUGCACAGCAGGGAGGCGGAGAACAUGACGACGAACCAAUGUCAGAAAUUUAUAUCCACCAGGGAAUCCACACGAUCGAAUACGUACUGGGCUCGAUCUCGCACACUGCUUCUUAUCUUCGAUUGUGGGCAUUGUCACUGGCUCAUGCACAACUAUCUGAAGUACUAUGGCAAAUGGUCUUGAGCAAAGGCUUAAAGGUUGAAGGUUGGGCCGGUGGCGUGGUCCUUUACCUUAUAUUUGCCGCUUGGGGUACUCUUACCAUUUCCAUUCUUGUAUUGAUGGAAGGUCUCUCUGCGUUCUUGCACACCUUGCGUCUGCAUUGGGUGGAGUUUUGCUCCAAAUUUUAUUCAGGAUCCGGCUAUGCUUUCCAGCCUUUCUCGUUCGAAAUCAUUCUGGAGUCCGCUGGUCAAGUUAAAGAAGAAUAAGUUUUUAGGAGAAGUAAAGAUUAAUUUAGUUAAUUGAUUUUAUACCGUUUUUUUUUUAAUGUUCCGUAUAUAUGGAGUAGAAUUUAACAGACAAAAAUUAAUGUUCUUCUUGUUAUAGCAUCGCUUGUGAAAUGAUUGUUAAAAUGAAAUUCCGAGGAAACGUGUUGAUUAUUAGAGUACUUAUUACAUAGUUUUUCAAAUGUAAUCGCAUUAUUCCAUAAUUAGUAUAAAAACGUGUAAUAUAUAAAAUGUAUUCAGACAACUCAAAUAAAAGCAUCUAAACAAUA